AUGAGGCCAAGUGGCGCCGUCCGACUUCAUAGGCGUAGUGGCCUAUCACACGUGGUUCAGACAUCGAAUACCGGAUUGAUAACAAUCCAGCCCAGUCCACCUUUUCAUUACUAUGGUCCCAUCUAUUUGCUAUCAUACUUAUCUGAGAACAUGAAAGCACUGAUUGAUAUUAUGUACUAUAUCGGCAGGCCUCCAUGGUCCUCACACUUCUUGCAAACUUCAGGAUCUUUGGGUUCGCUGAUUGCGAAGCCAAUCAGCAUAAAAAGUGGCCAAAGGAAACAUCGAGAACACUGCCAUUGCUGA